AAGACGUGUCCAACGCUGCUGUUUACUGUGCGAUGUUCCGAGUUUUCAACUGAAUAAACGAUGUUCGAAAAGACUUUAGCAGAUCUGUGGCAAUCGGUGGAAUACUCGAACGCCUGGUGGAUCUGUUUGUUCUCCGUUUGUGCGGUGCUGUUAUGCCUGUUUGCAGCCAGAAACAUGGUGGUACUUCGGGUGCACGGCGAAGAGUUCGUGUUUCCCACGUCGUUGCACCAUCAGAUGCAGCCCAGAAUUCCUCAGAUGAAUAUGAUGAAAGUCCACAUUCCGUUCACGUUUAAGCUGCUGGAAACAUCCAGAUCGUCCUAUUCAGAGCUCCAAUGCAGCAUGUCCAGCCAGGUGAAGUACCAAGUGUUGGCCUACUGGGGCGUGAACAUCAAAGAGCUGCACAUUUUCCUGUGGAGGCCAUGGGCGGAUAUCCGAAACGCAUGUGCAGGUGGCGACUUCCUCAAAGGCUACUAUCAGUACCUGGGAAUUCAGCUCGAAAGAACGCCCCAUCCGGACCAAGUGAUGACUUUGAACUACAAUGGGAAAAAAGCUCUGGAUUUGGGCACACCGCCGCGACUUUGCUAUCCGUUGGUGAUUUUCCUGAUUCGGAACGACAUCGAUGGAAACGUCCAUCCAGAUGAAACAGUUGCUCUGAUUAACGUGGUGCACAUCAAGGACACAGUCUGCACUCUGCCCACCAGCAUUCUUGGGCAGUACCUGAAGCAGGCCAAUGGGCAAUUGUCUUGCCUCAAGCAACUCUAUCUGGCCACUGGAAACUCCGGAAACUACGAGACUCAAAUUCCACUGGCAGUGGCUGAGCCCGUGGAAGGCGGUCCAAGUUCAGUGGGCUCUUUCUGCUCCAACCAGGAGGAUUCGACGUUUUGGAACAGCUCGGGCGAGCAACUGUGCGUGGUGUGCCAGACCUACCCCCUAUCCAGAGCCCUUUUACCUUGCAGACACACUUGCAUCUGCGCAAGUUGCUUCAACAAGCUGGAAAGGUGUCCAAUGUGCCGUGGGCCGAUCAAGAGCUACUUCUGCAUCCGCGGCGAAGAAUAUCUGGAUACGAAAGAAAAUGGCACCAGUCCAAAAAACGACGAACGACCACCGGUUAGACGCCGGUGGUUCAACGGGAUCAAUUGGGACGACCGAUUGAUCGAUUUUUUGGGUUUUUCGCGGUAAAAGACACGCGACUAUCCGCUGGUAACUUAAGGGCAGGUUGUUGAUGUUUGGACGCGUGUCUGGAUCGUUUUUAACUGUUUUUUUUGGGCAAUGAAUUGGCGAACGAGAGUACAAAGUUACGUCUCCACUGUCGCUUGUGAUAUUU